AUUUUUAUUUUACAGUCGUCUUCUUCCCUCCUAUUCCAAUCCUCCGCUCGCCCAUGAGAUCUUGGAUCUGAGAGAAACCUCAUAUUUUAGUGAACGCAGGCGGCGACUGCAUUUCUUCAGUUCAGAAGCCACACUUAGUUUAAGGUUUUUGCUUCCUUCGCCUUCUUCUCCGAUCUGAUCUCUUCAAGAGAGGAAGUGCAAGAUGGAGAAAUCGUGUUCUCUGCUUGUGCACUUUGACAAAGGGACUCCAGCAAUUGCAAAUGAGAUUAAGGAAGCCUUGGAAGGCAAUGAUGUUACAGCUAAGGUGGAUGCCAUGAAGAAAGCAAUCAGCCUUCUGUUGAAUGGAGAAACCCUACCCCAGCUUUUUAUAACGAUCCUCAGAUAUGUUUUGCCUUCUGAGGAUCACACGAUCCAGAAGCUGCUCCUUUUAUACUUGGAGAUUAUCGAUAAAAAAGAUGCUUCUGGGAAGCUUCUGCCCGAGAUGAUCCUGAUAUGCCAAAAUUUGAGGAACAAUCUUCAGCACCCAAAUGAAUAUAUCCGUGGGGUGACUUUGAGGUUUCUGUGCCGCCUCAAUGAGACAGAAAUUAUAGAGCCGUUGAUCCCUUCGGUGCUGCAGAAUUUGGAGCAUAGACAUCCAUUUAUUAGAAGGAAUGCAAUCUUCACUGUUAUGUCCAUUUAUAAGCUUCCCCAGGGCGAUCAGCUUUUGGUUGAUGCUCCUGAAAUGAUUGAAAAGGUUCUUUCAUCAGAGCAUGAUCCAUCAGCUAAACGUAAUGCAUUCCUCAUGCUCUUCAGUUGUGCACAGGAUCGAGCCGUUAAGUAUCUUUUUGAACACAUUGAUAAGAUCUCUGAAUGGGCUGAGCAACUUCAGAUGGUUGUUUUGGAGUUGAUUCGUAAAGUUUGUAGAACAAAUAGAUUGGAGAAGGGCAAAUACAUAAAGAUAAUCAUAUCUUUGUUGAAUGCCACAUCCAGUGCAGUGGUCUAUGAGUGUGCUGGAACACUUGUCUCUCUAUCAUCUGCACCUACGGCAAUUAAAGCUGCUGCUAACACAUAUGGCCAGCUCCUUCUAUCUCAGAGUGACAACAAUGUCAAGCUUAUUGUUCUUGAUCGACUGAGUGAGCUCAAAUCUUCUCACAGGGAAAUUAUGGUUGAUAUGGUCAUGGACGUGCUUAGGGCGCUGUCUAGCCCCAAUGUUGAUAUCCGCCGUAAGACCCUUGAUAUUAUCCUUGAUUUGAUAACCCCCAGGAAUGUUAAUGAAGUUGUUCUCAUGUUGAAGAAGGAAGUUGUCAAGACCCAGAGUGGAGAGCUUGAGAAGAAUGGUGAAUACAGGCAGAUGCUUAUCCAAGCCAUCCAUUCUUGUGCUAUUAAGUUCCCAGAAGUUGCAAGCACGGUGGUGCAUCUAUUGAUGGAUUUCCUAGGAGAUAGCAAUGUUGCUUCAGCUAUUGAUGUGGUUGUUUUUGUCAGAGAGAUAAUUGAGACUAACCCAAAACUGAGGGUUUCAAUAAUAACACGGCUCUUGGAUACUUUCUACCAGAUCCGAGCUUCUAGGGUAUGUGCUUGUGCUCUGUGGAUCAUAGGAGAGUAUUGCCUUUCCCUUUCUGAAGUUGAGAGCGGUUUAGCGACCAUCAAGCAGUGUCUCGGUGAAUUGCCCUUCUUCUCUGUUUCUGAAGAAGGGGAAGUUACUGAUGCUUCCAAGAAGCCUCCACAAGCUAAUUCCAUCACUGUUUCUUCAAGAAGGCCUGCUAUCCUUGCUGAUGGGACCUAUGCUACACAGAAUGCGGCCUCUGAAACUGCCUUUUCCCUGCCUACUAUUGUUCUGGGUUCGUUGUCCACUGGAAAUCUUAGAUCGCUUCUUCUCACUGGCGAUUUUUUCCUUGGAGCAGUUGUCGCAUGCACUCUAACAAAACUAGUGCUGCGAUUGGAAGAGGUACAGUCUUCUAAGUUGGAGGUGAAUAAAGCAUCUACGCAGGCUUUGUUGAUUAUGGUCUCCAUGCUACAAUUGGGGCAAUCUUCUGUUCUUCCGCACCCAAUUGAUAGUGAUUCGUACGAUAGGAUGCUUCUCUGCAUAAGGUUGCUGUGCAAUACUGGCGAUGACAUCCGGAAAAUAUGGUUGAAGUCUUGCCGUCAAAGUUUUAUGAAAAUGCUUUCAGAGAAGCAGUUGAGAGAGACUGAGGAAUUGAAGGCGAAGGCUCAGGUUUCCCAUGCGCAACCAGAUGAUCUCAUUGACUUCUAUCAUUUGAAGAGCAGGAAGGGCAUGAGUCAGCUGGAGUUGGAAGAUGAAGUUCAAGAUGAUUUGAAACGUGCGACUGGAGAGUUUAUCAAGGAUGGCAAUGAUGCUAACAAGCUUAACCGCAUCCUUCAACUCACUGGAUUUAGUGACCCUGUGUAUGCUGAAGCAUAUGUGACAGUUCAUCACUAUGAUAUUGUGCUUGAUGUCACUGUCAUCAACCGGACAAAGGAAACUCUCCAAAACUUAUGCUUGGAGUUGGCCACCAUGGGUGAUCUUAAACUAGUCGAGCGCCCUCAGAAUUAUGCAUUGGCUCCAGAAUCAAGCAAACAAAUUAAGGCAAACAUCAAGGUCUCCUCAACUGAGACUGGAGUGAUCUUCGGCAACAUUGUUUACGAGACUUCAAAUGUGCUCGAAAGAAAUGUUGUCGUCCUCAAUGAUAUCCACAUCGAUAUCAUGGAUUACAUUUCUCCAGCCUACUGUACCGAUUCAGCAUUUAGAACAAUGUGGGCAGAGUUUGAAUGGGAGAACAAGGUUGCUGUUAACACAACUAUUCAGAAUGAGAAGGAAUUCCUGGACCAUAUCAUUAACUCGACAAACAUGAAGUGCCUCACUGCACCGUCUGCACUAGAUGGCGAGUGUGGAUUCCUAGCAGCUAACUUGUACGCCAAGAGUGUGUUUGGUGAGGACGCAUUGGUAAAUGUGAGUCUCGAGAAGCAGGGAGAUGGGAAACUCAGCGGGUACAUCAGGAUACGUAGCAAGACCCAGGGAAUCGCACUCAGCCUGGGCGAUAAAAUCACUCUAAAGCAGAAGGGAGGUAGUUGAUGUGGAUGUAUCCCAACUCUUUUUGUAUCAAAAUUAUACAGGUAAGGUACCUCUCUAGUUCCCCCAUCAGUUACAUCUUGCUCUAUAGCGAGUGGUCUCUUUUUUCCGUGUCUCUUCGGAGCGAUGAACAUGAAUUUGUAGGGUAUUGUGUGUUUCAGGUAACCUGGAUAUUUCUUUCAAGCUGGAAGAUCGUCUCUUUGCGAUACUGUUUCUCGUUUGUAUGUAGUUUGAGGGGUAGCGCUUUUCUUUGUAUUGGGAAUGUAGCGGCAUUGAGCUUAGAUUUGCGGCAUUUUCCAUAUUGAAAGUUUGAAACUUGAAAUGGAGUUACAUUUUCCUUUACAUCUGUUGAUCUUUCUUGUUUUAAGCCCAGCUCUGUAGUUCGACGAGUGAGAAUCUCUUAUUACUGACCCUCUUUCAUCUGGUCACCAUUGUUGCUAAUGUAUAUCAUUUGCCUAUGCUCUAGUAGGGAGUUCAUGUCAUGUUCGUCCGAUUUAUCAUUAGUGCAGAAUCGAACUGAAUCGAAGA